GCAAACUGCAAUAAAGAGUGGUGACACAAAUACGAAAAAAAACCCAGACAAAAUGUACAAUCAAUUUACCAAGUGAACGUGUUUGAAUCACUUCCCCGGGUUAUUGCUAAAGGCCAAUCUCAAAUGUUUCCCUGUUGAAUAUGAAUUGCACUUCAUAGGGUACAUUUUCUAACCUAGAUAGUGCACUCAUGUAGGGCGUAUAGAGUUGUUUGGGAUUUACCCUGGGUGUCAGUAAUUUGCUAGCAAACCUGAAUAUUGUCAAUACACGAACAGCAAUGUUUUCAAAAUAAAUGGACACAAUCACAGAAAAUGCUGACGAUCUGCAGCGACAGGUUGAAGAAAUCGAAGCGCUUUCAUCUAUUUAUGGGGAUGAGUGGUGUGUGAUCGACCAGGCGUCCAGGGUCUUUUGCAUCAAAAUAUCAGAUGACAUUUCUGAGCCGAAAUGUUCUGUUUGUUUACAGAUCAUACUGCCUGAAGACUACCCAAGCUCCUCGCCUCCAAUAUACCAGAUCAAUGCUGUGUGGUUAAGAGGUCCAGACAGAAUCACACUGUCAAACAGCCUCGAGGAACUCUAUCUGGAAAAUCCUGGAGAAAGCAUCCUAUACCUGUGGGUGGAGAAAAUUCGAGAGUUCCUGGUAGACAGAUCGCAAAAUGCAAACGCAGCAGAUGGACUGGAGCUAUGGCAUGCAAAGAAGACAGAAGAACAGCAUGACGACUGGGAUGAGGCUGAAGUUCCAGAUUAUGGUGUCCUGAGGCUCAGCACUGAGCAGACGCACCUUGUCUCCGUCUUCUCCUCAGUAGAUUCAGAUGAGGAACUCCCAGUGAUUAAACAUGGCGAGGCAAUCACAGACAGACGCAGCACAUUCCAGCCUCAUUUAGCUCGCAUAGUGACACCUAAACAGGUCCAGAGGGUGCUAGACAAACUGUAUGAAAACAAGAAAAUUGCAAGUGCCACCCACAACAUAUACGCAUACAGGAUAUACUGCGAAGACAAAAACACGUUCCUCCAGGAUUGUGAGGACGAUGGAGAGACGGCUGCUGGUGGGAGACUGCUUCAUCUACUGCAGAUUCUGGAUGUGAGGAACGUGCUAGUGGUGGUGUCCCGAUGGUAUGGUGGUAUCCUGCUCGGCCCUGACCGCUUCAAACACAUCAACAACUGCGCUAGGAACAUCCUCGUCCAAGAGGGCUACACUGAAAUUUCGGACGAAGCAUCAAAAUCAGGGGGAAAGAGCAAGAAGCCCAAAAGCAAGAAGAUGAAGUGAAGUCGUGUGUAUGUGUGUACCUCAGUGUUUAGUGUCUCAGGGAUGUGUGUGUCACCAGGCAGGUGUGAGUGGAUAAGGAGAUAAACCUUUAAAACAGCAGAAGAAAAAAAAGCCUUGAUUGAAGUAUGACAACAAGGACAUUGACAGUUUUGUAUAACAUAAAUUUGUCAAAUGUGUCAACAUUAAAAUAUUGUAUGUGAAAACUGAAUUUACAUCAUUUGUCUUUUAGAAUUAAAACUGCCCAAGGACAUUCCUGCAAGCUUCAUGAGUCUAUGAGUUGGGAUUUGCAUAGUGAUUUGCAAAUCAAGGCAUAAUUGUCUUUUAUGUGUGUUUGUUAGCAUGAAGCAUUGUCUCCCGUGUGUGUGCGUUUGUGUGUGUGUUUGCAGGGGUGUUAAUGCUGGCAGCAAGGUGAUGUGUCAAAGCCUCUGUUUCUCACCAUCCUUUUGUAACAGAUAGAUAGUCGCCGUCAUUAGAACAUUUUCAGCGAGCUUUGAUGACAGCCCUUCCAUUGUUUUCAGUUGCUCAACUAUGUAUUCAAAUGCUUAAUCACAGACACUUUUAAUCUCCUGUGCCCCUAAAAGUUGUUUUAAUCCGAAUUGAAAAGGUUGCUUUGACCUCCAUCUCUGAACACUGGCGUGCUUCUGUUAGUAAUAACAGAGGAGAUAACAUCAAAUACCAGACUGAGAAGACUUAGAUACGACUAUUACACAGAAAUGUUUAUGAUGUUCUAUUAUUUUUUGCUUGAUUUGGUGUGACUUGUAAAUGACCUUAAUUAAAAAAAACAAGGACACCAAUCUUUGAGAUUUAAAACAUGCAGGAACUCUGUGUGAAUAUUCAUGUGAUUACAGACAGUCCACCACACACACUUUGGAGAUAUAAAAUAAGGAAUAAAAAUCUUGGGGAUAUGCUGUUAUAGGAAAAUAAGCAAUGACAGGGUGGUGUGAAGCGGCCUGAUUCAAAGCAUCUGUUAACACCCUGAAAUUUAUUCUUUUUUCAAUAAGAGCAAAUCCUGAAGUUUUUUACUCUUUUUAUAUCACAGCAAUUUGCCAAUGAUUAUAAUGUUAUAUUUAUCACAUAUUUUUUAUCCAUUUAUAGUUACAUUAAAUAUUG